GUGAAUUGUGUGGAUACAGUGUAUUAGAAACCUGGACGAUGUUUAAAAAGUGUUUUAAAAAAGUAAUAUGAAAAGUGCUGACUCCUGAGAAGACUGAAAAUGGAAACCGUGGUGGCCGUGGGGAUCGGAAUCCUAACCGUAGUUAUUCUGGCUUUUGUCGUGGGAAUUGCUAUGGUGGCCCGGUAUCGUUUAUGUCGACGGAAAGAGGAGAUCGACGCCACGGAACUCAUCGAGCAACACACUGGCGGUCAGAAAAAUGGUCUAGGCGACGAAAUUGAACUCGGAGAAAUUGUCCUGUCGGACGAGGAAAUCGACCGGAUUGUCCAAAAUGCUCAAUGGAUCGAAGAUAUUAGCGGAUGGAUUCCUCAUUGUUUGUCUAUUUUACGGACGUGCCACAACUUAACGGAGAAAUUGGUGACAAUGACACUUGGGAAGGAAAACUACAAGUACGCUUGCCGGACCGGUAAAAUGGACGCACUGCUAAAAGUGGCAAAAAGUAUUGGACCCCGUAUCGACGAUAUUGCCAGGUCAAUGGAGCCGCCCCUAGAUUCCCGCCUCUUGGAAGCACGGUGUGUUGCGCUGGUUGUGUCGGUAGAACAAUUGGUGUUGGUCACUCAGACAGUGUGCGGAAGUGUCGGAAAGCGCAUCCAGUGGAUCGAAAGCGCUCUAGCUGAUCUCCAUGUUCAUUUGCAGGUGCUCCGACAAGCAGCGACAGAAGCAGAAAAAGAAGCAGCUGAUCGACCAUUUUCUCGCCAAAGUUCCUCUCGCAGAGGAGUAACCGCACUUUAUCCGACUGCGGCCGCAAGCUCAAAUUUUGGCCAACAGGAAAUGCAAAUUCCAGUGCUGACAGUAACAGAUGCCUCACCUGUAUGAAUACGCUUUACGCAAUCGCUGUUCUACUGUCUUCCGGACAUUACUUUCGACAGCUCUGAAUGGAUUUUUAGCAAAAAGUAUUACUGUUUUUACACCCUUAAAUACAUAUUCUAUCUGCAUAUACUAGUAUAUUUAUCACGAAACUACAAUCACGGAGUUGAAUUGCUUGUUUUCUGUUUUCCAAAAUAUCCUGACAAAUUGACAAUCAGUGCAGUAUACCGGUACCUGAUCGACUGGAUCUUUGAUUACUUAGUUUACUAUCAAGGUAAAGAUCUGUAUUACAACGGAAAACCCCGUACGAUCUGGUCAGAA